AUGGACUUCUUCAAGAGCUGCAAGACCAAUGUGCAGCACAUAGAUGACAUAUGGAAGACGCCGGCGACGAGCUACACCCAUAAAUCACAUGAUACCGACCAUUAUCUUGUGGAGGAGCUGGUGAAAGGACUACGAGUAUUUGGGACAUUAUGUGCCUUCACAGGCGCCAAAUUAUGGGUAUUUGGUUUGGUCGAAGACAGAGAGUCAGCAUCUAUACGCGAUGAUGGCUGGGUUCUCGAUGAACGCGGAACAUUAGAUGCAUUCCAGAAGACGGGUGCUCCUUCCGAGUCAAUGGCUGAGGACAUUUUGCUUGAAGCAAUCGAGGGUGCUGUGUCGCACACGCUAAAUCAGACCGGCAAUAUCACGAAGAUGAGUCCCAGGACCUGGCUGUUCACAGAUACUGAGGAAGAGUAUCUCUUACUGCGGCUGUCAAUGCGAAUUGCGGACGAUGGCAAGCUGAGCAUAGCAACCAACACUGCGCCCUCGGAUCUGCAGAGAAUGAAUCCAUCGACAGCCUCUGACGGACGACCCCUACUCACUCUUGCGCCAAUUGGAUGUCGUGCGAGAUUAGAUCGUGACAAUGACCAGGCCAGCAUGCACGCUAGUGAUGAGCAAUGGCGAGCUCUCGCCACCGAACAUUUCCUCGCUCAUGGCAUCAGCAUUUCUGAAGAAGAAGACUGGAUGAAGCUCCAGCUAAUCGAUCGCCCUUAUGCGAGCAUCGAGUGGCCAGCGAAGUUGUGCUUUGAGCCGCGUCGUGGUGUCCGAGCGGCGAUUGAUGACACAGACUGGAAACAGUUCUUCAUUCCCAGCGAAGAGGAAGCCGCCUUCAAGCAUCCUUUCGAAGUGGCAGAGGAUUGGUGUAAGAAUGCUGCUUCACGGGAGCAGCAAAUAGAUACGGCUACGGCAUUCGAAUCUGCUGCUCAACCAACAUCUACACUUCCCGACCACGACAGCGUGGCCGUUACCUCGCCACCCUUCACGCUACGGAAUGCCGAACAGCAAGCGGCGGCCAGUGGUAUCUACCCCACUCCACCAGACGGCAUAGUGCCAGGUCAGCUAUCAUCACAACAACAUAGCUCAGAUGCAAUGGCUGUUGACAACCCAUCCGGCGACUCUGGCCCGGCUGCGCAGGAUUUCAGCAUGACGAUGGAAGAUCAGACUGUCGAUCUUAGAGCGUCUUCGACCUCUGACCAGGCUCCAACGUUCAAUGCAGAGGAUUCCUCGAAUGAUCUAUUUGGUGAUAUGGGAGGAGAAAUGGACUUUGGUAGUGGCGAGAUAGGAGAUGCCGACUUCGACUUCUUCAAUGAGGAGGACGGUGCAGAUCUUGUCCCCGUCGAUGAUGAUGUGGAAGAGCAUGUGGCUGAGGACGGAGGUGUCGAGGAUAUUCAGCCUCAUGAGGACGAAGUUGAAGGAGGUGACGUAUCGAUGGUUAUGGCUGACCCCAGUGAGCAUCCGACUGAUAACCAAGCUUUGGGAGACGUGUCACUAGUUGUCGAGAAGGUCGACGAGUCGUUCACCACGAUGGGUCCCAUCAUUGAUACUAUCGAUGAGAUGUUUCCCGAUCAGCCCGAUUCAACGGUGAAGCCGCUCAGCCCCUUCGCCAUCAAGGAAUGCCUGCUGCCUCCACCCAUCCCUGCGAGCGUGAGCCACGAUAGCGGUGCGACACAUCAGCGUAAGACAAGCAGAUUCGACGCAAUUACGUUCAAAGAAGACCUGAACAUAGGACGUAGGUUUUCCGAGCUUUAUGGACCUACCCCAGACCCAGCGGGCAACCAGCGAACUAGCUCGGCAAGCACGAAACCUGACUCCUACCAGGAACGUUUGAAGACUUCCGACAACGAAGUCUCGAUACCACAUGAAUAUAACGAAGAACGUAGCGAGAGUGAAGACGGUGGUUCGGAAUCAGCCUCGAGUCCCAGCGAUAUCGAUGUGCCGCCGAAAGCCCCAUGGUCCAGCAAGAAGCGCAAGCGGUCCGACUUCGAGGCCAACGGGCGGCGGGACGAGGUAGCACUUUUGCUACGUGUGGAUGACGCACAGUCCCAUGUCAAGGGCCACCAUGAUCCUGCGGAGAUGCGAGCCAUACUCGAUCGCUUGCUGUCGAACAGAAGUCCUGGACUCUUGCCAAAGCAUACAACCCAGAAUCAUGGACACGAAACUCUUGGCUCGGUCGAGGAAGUUCUCCUUCUGUCGAAGAUGGAUUUGGUUUUUGUUGCUCAACUCGUCGCCGAGCAAGCUGUGACUUGCACCACCAGUAUCGUUGAGGCGAUCGACAUGCUCAGCGUCUCGCGUUCCAACGCCGCCGCCACGGGCAAUGCGCUGCAAACCCUUGUCGACCAGGCACUUUCUCACUUCCUCCCGUCUAUGACAUCAACCGACAUCGCCAGCCUAGCCCUAGCACGAGAACCCAUAACCCGCAACACCCCCACUCCCGCCACCCCCCGACCCGGUCAACCCCGUCCUCCACCCCCACGCCCCGAUACCACGAACCUCGGCCCGGACAUCGUCGCCAUCCCACCGCCCUACAUCCGCGUCCAGCGCGGCGCGGACAAGUACGAAAUGCUCCCCCUCGCCCUCCAAUUCUGGGACACUCUCAGCCUCGCACCCAUUAACGGGACAAAAGACAUCCGCGCCUUCUGCGUCUUCCCCGGGAACGAAGACGUGCAGAGUCUGGCGGAGACUUUCCUUAGCGCGCUAGGUACAGCGUACGAAGAGUGUAAGCUAGGCUCGCACAGGCACACUAGUAAUAAUGGUGGUGAUGAAGAAGAAGCCGCAUUAGGGGAUUACGUCGAUGGCCUCGUACCUGUGGAUCUAGGAGACGAUGACGAGCAUAGUCUCGAAGCGGCUAUGCAAUGCUACAGCGAAGCCUGCACGACCCUGGCGACCUUCAUGGCAAACACCGCCUUCGCCGAGCCGGACCGGACCUUUGUAAUCUACAUCAUCAACCCCUUCCGUCACCAUCCGGAACUCAUCCAUCACCUCUGCGCCUGUUUCUGGCUACUCUACCAGACUUACAGGAAAACGGUCCCACGUUCCCGUAAUCAACACCCACCGAGCGAUAUCGUGCUCCAGAUCCUGCCUAUCGACCUCCUAGCCGCACCGGAUAGUGUGGUAUUACUAGACGCCAAGCAAACCGCCGCCUUAGCACAAGAGGUCUAUGAUCGUUGUCCACCGAACCCGUCGUUCGAACCUAGUGAUACGACGGGCUCCGCACUACCGAAUUACUCCGCCCCGCUCUUCGAACUCGCCAGCCCGACCCCGAAACGUAUAGCUUUCCACCUCGCUUCCGAAACACCGGCGGAUCUUCUACACGAGGGUUCCUGCCUGCAUCUCGCGUAUGCGGUGAGUGGAGAUGGGUUCUGGUUGACUGCCGCUUGGAGCGAUAAUAUGGGCCGGUAUGGGAAUAGUGUCUCUUUCCCGCUUUGUGGGCGGUCGUUUAAGGAGGUGGUGGGGGAGGUUUGGGAGAGGGUGGAGGGGGUUAUGGGGACCAGGGGUGUUACGUGGAGAGUUUUCAUCGUUGGGGUAGGGAGUGUGGGGCAGGGGGUUAGUGGGGUUUGGAGGGGGUUGGUGGAGGGGGGCAGGAGGCUGCAGGCUUUCUCGGUUACGUUGUUGGGGGUGGAUUUGGAGCCCGUGUUGCGGCUUUCGCCUCCCGGACAGUCGGGCGCCACUGAUGAGGCUAUGCUAUGUUCUGUGGCUGGUGCUGGGUUUCUGACGCCCGGCUCGACGCCACAGGGUACCACUAUGACUGUUUCGCCUGAUCCAAGCGGGCUGGGUAACCUGCCGCCUACUCCUGCACCCAGCGAAUCCACCCCAGCUGCUAGUGGCGACACGGACCCGGACGCUCAUCUCAUCGACCUCACGGACGAGACAUGGGCCGUCCUUUUUUCGGCUACAACAUCGCAGUCCCUCACGCACCAGCUUUCAAAGCAGCAGAACCCCUCACCACUCUGCUCAGGCGCCCUGUUCAAGCGCGGUAAUAGCGACCUCUCCGAAGCAUCUUCCGACCAUCUUCCCUCCAUUGGCGUGAGUCUGUACUGGACGAUCCAGGUCCGGCCUUCGGGUGCGGUUGACGAGGGGAGUGUGAGGCAGGCGGAGAUGACGCUUAGGGAGGUGCUGAGGAUGUUUCGGAAUUUGAGUGUGUUGUCAAGGGCAAGAGGCCUGGUUGCGAGUAGUGGUGGUGGUGGUGAUGAUGGUAGUGGGAAGGGGCUUGGGGUGUGUGUGCCGGUGCAUGUGUGCAUGGCGGUGCGAGGGGCGGAGGCGCUCGAUAGAUUCCUACCUGCUGUGAAGGAUUGA